UUUUUUUCUUCGCGUGUUCCCCAGCGGUUCUUCGAGAACCUGAACCCGAUGAACAACCGGAGUGAGAAGGAGUUUGCAGACUACUUGUUCAAAAUGUCUCUGGAUAUUGAGCCACGGCACUGCAGGCAGGCUCCUCGAUUCCCCAGGAAGACGCUGUACAACCUGAAGUCCCCGGGGAUCCGGCCUGUCCGAACCUCUACCUCUGGGACCCUGAAGGGCCACCCGGUGCCCCUGGAGAGGGAGCCGCCCCACAAGAUCACCUUCCGGAGCAUCGCGGAGACGGAGCCCGAGUCCCCGGCGUCCGUGCCCACCUCCCCCAACACGCCCACCCCCCCGCAGUCCGCCCCCUCCGACCUCAGCUCCGUGUUCAUGGAGCACGACCUCUGCAGCUCGUACGGAGGAAAUAACUCCAUUUUUGCUCCUGUGCUUCUGCCGCCUUCAAGUGAGUGUUGGCUUUUCCCUUUACAAUUAAAUUGUUUCUCCAAGAUGUUUUCUGUCCCCAUUUCAAGUCUUUCUACGUACCAACAUUAUAUAUUUAAUCUAUUUUCUGCCGAACACAUGACAAGAGAGAUCAUGGCAGAGCACCAGAGGCAGCGCUCGCUCUCCACCGCCGGGGAGACUCUGUACCUCGUGCUGGGGGUGGAGAAGGUGGCGACCCCCGACGACAUCAAGAGGUCCUACAGGUGA